GUGUACAAAAUGUAAAAUCUGGUUCAAACCGGUUUGCAUCUUAUAUUUCUAUAUAAAAACUUUAUAAAACAUACAGCCGUUAUUAUUUUACAUUUACCAUAGCCCGGUGUUACCCACUUGUGGCCGUAAACAAGCCGAUUCUCUUCCACUGUCUUCCUUUGCCAGACGGUGAAAAUGCCCAAAAGAAAGAUUGAUGGAGACAAAGCUGCCAAGAGCAAGGAGGAGCCUAGACGUUCUGCCAGGUUGUCAGCUAAACCAGCUCCUCCAAAACCUGCACCUAAGCCUAAAAAGGCUGCACCCAAGAAGGCACCUAAAGGAAAGAAGGGCAAAGACAACCCAGCUGAAAAUGGUGAUGCCAAGAUAGAUCAGGCACAAAAGGUGGAGACUGCUGGGGAAACCAAAUGAACAGUGUUGAAUUUUUGAUCAUUCUAUGUACUUGGUGACUGUACAGUUUUAAAUAACUAUUUUUUACCAAGUUUUAUAUGAAAAUUGCCCUUGUUAGUAGUAUAUUGUUAGCUACAUUUGAUGUAUUGAAGCGUGUGUAAAGGGGUUUUAUUGUGCUCUUUUUAUGCCAUGGUCAUUUGAACUCCGUCCGUAUCCUGUUGGAAUGAUGUCGUGCCCUUUCUAAAUCAGUUUUGAACUGCUGAAUGUUAUGGUUUCUGUUUUACAUUUUGGUUUUUAAAAUAUAAUUUUAAAAUACCAAACAUUAUGAUAAGGCAGCUAAAAUAUAUUUGUAAGACAAAUCUUGUGGGAUUAACUUUGUCCCUUCAUUUUAUAGUUCCACUGAGCAUACAUGUAAGUUCAAUUGAUUUGUUAUAAAGUGCUUUUAAACAAAUUUAAAGCAUUAAUGAAGGUCUAUGAGUUAGUUAUAGCAAGACCGCUAAAUGUGUGAAAUGUUAAAUCCAUCCCAGUUACCACAUUAACAUUUAAAGCAUCUGAAUUUUC